AUGGGAGCGCCAGGGGCGGGAGGGGCAGCGCCGCCGGCCCGACCGGAGGGAGGGAGGGAGCGCCGGGGUGCGGCGGGCAUGGAGCGGGGCCGGGACGGGGAGGAGGAGCUGGAGGAGGAGGAGGAGGAUAAGGAUGAUGAGGAGGAUGGCGGCCCGGAGAGCGCCCUGGAGAAGAGCCCGUUCCAGCUGACGGCUGCGGAUGUCUACGACAUCUCCUCCGUGGUGGGCCGGGACCUGCUGCAGCUCCGCGCCGGGCCGCAGCUGCCCGCCGCCCGCGCCCGGCUGCAGUUCAGGAUCGUCAGGGUGCUGGAGAUGCUGGAGGCGCUGGUGAGCGAGAGCAGCGUGGCCGAGGAGCAGCUGCGGCGGGAGCGGGACAGCCUCCGACGGGAGCUGGAGCAGCUGCGGGCGGCGGCUUGCGGGAGCGCCCCGCAGCCCAGCAGCCUUGGACCAGAUCAAAUGGUGAUAGACCUCACAGACCCCAACCGGCCCCGGUUCACCUUACAGGAGCUCCGAGAUGUAUUGCAAGAGAGGAACCAGCUGAAAGCUCAGCUUCUGGUGGUGCAAGAGGAGCUACAGUGCUAUAAGAGUGGGAUCAUCUCACAGAAAAGGGACCAAACUGAAGAACUGGAAAAAGCAGCCAGUGGCAGCAGUGCUGGCACCAGCAAGAACAGUGAAGAGAAGACAAUCAUCAAACGGCUGUUUUCUUUUAAACAUGGAAAAUGAGCAUCCUUAAGGACUUAAAUGUUGCUGGUGAGAAUGGCACUGAUGGGCCUCAGAGGCAUUGGGAAAGACAAUGACUGGAAGCAGCAGAAUCACUCCUACUGUAGAGAAUGAGCAAUCUCAUUAAAUCGCGUUGUAUAAUAUUUUCUCAGAAUAGAUUUUACUCUGUUUUCCCAGAAACUGUUUGAAACAGACACUUUUUAUAUUUCUUACUGUCAGACAUUACCCAUAUGUAGAAAAUAAAAUGUUUAUACAAAGUUGAGGUUUAUUCUUAUUAAAAGAGCCUGUGAUGAUCUGUA